GGGGAGGGAGGGGGCGAUGGCUCGGCCUGACCGGUCCGCGUCGCCCUCGCUCCUGCUGCUGCUCGUGGCGCAGCUGGUCGGCCGGGCGGCGGCCGCCUCCAAGACCCCCGUGUGCCAGGAAAUCACGGUGCCCAUGUGCCGGGGCAUCGGCUACAACCUGACGCACAUGCCCAACCAGUUCAACCACGACACCCAGGACGAGGCGGGCCUGGAGGUGCACCAGUUCUGGCCGCUGGUGGAGAUCCACUGCUCGCCGGACCUGCGCUUCUUCCUGUGCUCCAUGUACACGCCCAUCUGCCUGCCCGACUAUCACAAGCCGCUGCCGCCGUGCCGCUCCGUAUGCGAGCGCGCCAAGGCCGGCUGCUCGCCGCUCAUGCGCCAGUACGGCUUCGCCUGGCCCGAGCGCAUGAGCUGCGACCGCCUCCCUGUGCUGGGCCGCGACUCCGAAGUCCUGUGCAUGGAUUACAACCACAGCGAGGCCACCACGGCGCCGCCCCGGGCCUUCCCGGCCAAGCCCACCCUCCCCAGUCUGCCGCGGGGGCCGGCCUCGGGGAGCCAGUGCGCCUCCGGGGGGCCGUCCGUGUGCGAGUGCCGCGAGCCCUUCGUGCCCAUCCUCAAGGAGUCGCACCCACUCUACAACAAGGUGCGCACCGGCCAGGUGCCCAACUGCGCCGUGCCCUGCUACCAGCCGUCCUUCAGCCUCACCGAGCGCACGUUCGCCACCGUCUGGAUUGGCGUGUGGUCAGUGCUGUGUUUCAUCUCCACCUCCACCACCGUGGCCACCUUCCUGAUAGACAUGGAGCGCUUCCGCUACCCCGAGCGCCCCAUCAUUUUCCUGUCGGCCUGCUACUUGUGCGUGUCCCUGGGCUUCCUGGUGCGCCUGGUCGUGGGCCAUGCCAGCGUGGCCUGCAGUCGCGAGCACAGCCACAUUCACUACGAGACGACAGGCCCCGCGCUGUGCACCGUGGUCUUCUUGCUGGUCUACUUCUUCGGCAUGGCCAGCUCCAUCUGGUGGGUCAUCCUGUCGCUCACCUGGUUCUUGGCAGCUGGCAUGAAGUGGGGCAAUGAGGCCAUCGCGGGCUACGCGCAGUACUUCCACCUGGCCGCGUGGCUCAUCCCCAGCGUCAAGUCCAUCACGGCGCUGGCCCUGAGCUCCGUGGACGGGGACCCCGUGGCGGGCAUCUGCUAUGUGGGCAACCAGAACCUGAACUCGCUGCGGGGCUUCGUCCUGGGCCCCCUGGUGCUCUACCUCCUGGUGGGCACGCUCUUCCUCCUUGCCGGCUUCGUGUCGCUGUUCCGCAUCCGGAGCGUCAUCAAGCAGGGCGGCACCAAGACGGACAAGCUGGAGAAGCUGAUGAUCCGCAUCGGCAUCUUCACGCUGCUCUACACGGUGCCCGCCAGCAUCGUGGUGGCCUGCUACCUGUAUGAGCAGCACUACCGCGAGAGCUGGGAGGCGGCGCUCACCUGCGCCUGCCCGGGCCCCGACGCGGGCCAGCCGCGCGCCAAGCCCGAGUACUGGGUGCUCAUGCUCAAGUACUUCAUGUGCCUCGUGGUGGGCAUCACGUCGGGCGUGUGGAUUUGGUCGGGCAAGACGGUGGAGUCGUGGCGGCGCUUCACCAGCCGCUGCUGCUUCCGCCGCCCGCGCCGCGGUCACAAGAGCGGCGGCGCCACGGCCGCGGGGGACUACGCCGAGGUGAGCGCAGCGCUCACGGGCAGGACCGGGCCCCCGGGCCCCGCCGCCGCAGCCGCCGCUGCAGCCGCCGCCGCCGCCUACCACAAGCAGGUGUCCCUGUCGCACGUGUAGCAGCGGGGAGCCCGGCGGGAGCGCGGGAGGGGGCGGCCGUGCGCCCGGCCUCGCCAAGGUCACUUCCGUUUACAGCUUC